AUGUCGAAGGGUGGCGAUGACAUGGUUGUCAACAUAGCGGAAAGCCCCACAGGGGCUGUCAAGCCACCCGGGGCUCCUGCAGCAGCACCGGCAAGCGCUGGCGCGCGCGCCAAAGAGUGGCUGUCGAAGCCGCGGAACAAGUGGAUUGCCGGCGGCUCUCUCGCUGCGCUGCUACUGAUUCCUGCGGUUGUGGUGCCGGCGGUAGUGGUGACGCAGAAGAACAACGCGAAGAAGUCGACGCGCCUGCCUGACUGGGGUGGUUACGGCGGCUCCGGCAACAAGGCUGUGUACCUUGACCCCUUGGGCAACCCUGACUCGGGCGUCACCGGGGGGAUGAGUGACUACAAGCUGCCGCCGGGCAUGAAGAUCCCCAACUUUGGCUCCCUGGCGGAGACCAACGCCACCAUCAAGGUGCCCAAGGGCCAGCGCAAGCGGAGGGUCGGCGCUGGGCAGCUGCCUGUGUUUGGCUCCGAGGAGGUGUCGCCGUUUGUGCGCGUGGAAGGCGCCCAGUUCGACAAGGACUGCCGGCCCUACUACCCCACCGGCUUCAACGCGUUUGAGCUCUUCAUCCUCGCAGCCCAGGGCAACAAGGAUGCGGUGGACGAGGCUUUCAAGCAGGCUCAGAUCAUGGGCAUGACCGCCGCCCGCACCUGGGCCCACUCCAUCAACCAGAUGCUGCCGUUCCAGACAUCACCUGGUGAGUAUGACCCCAAGGGUCUGGCAGCCCUGGAUUAUGUUCUGGACAGCGCCUCGCGGCACGGCAUACAGCUGGUCCUGUCCUUUGUGGACAACUGGAAGUACUACAACGGCAUCGCACAGUUUGUGGACUGGUGCGGGCCCGGCCGCACGAUGGGGCGGCCGACCGACGCCGGGGGCGACACCGACGACAGCAAGUGGGGCCCCGACCAGAAGCGCUACGAGGCGGGUCGCCACUCCCUGUUCUUCUCGGAGCCCAAGUGCCAAGACAUGUUCCAGAACCACAUGAAGUUCAUCGUGAACCGCAAGAACUCCGUCAACGGCCGUGUGUACAAGAGCGACCCCACCAUCCUGGCCUGGAACCUCGUCAACGAGCCGCGCUGCGAGGUGUGGGUGACGCCGGACUGCCCCGCGAAGCUCAAUGCCUGGUUCUCCAAGAUGGCCAAGUUCCUCAAAGCUGAGGACCCCAACCACCUGGUGUCCUCCGGCUCAGAGGGCUUCUUCGGGGACUCUGACCCCUCGUGGCUCGGCAAGAACCCGGGCGCCUGGUCCACCCAGACGGGGCAGGACUUCCUGGCCAACACCGCUGACAUGGACUUCGCGGUGGCGCACGCCUGGCCCGACAACUGGAUGAUCUCUCAGGAGAGCCAGGGCGGCUUCCUGCAGCAGUGGCUGAAGAGCCACCUCGACGCAGCCAAGUCCAUCGGCAAGCCCCUCCUGUUUGAGGAGUUCGGCAAGCGCCUGGACAACCCCGACAGCGCGUCUGACGCGACGACGCUGCGCGACCCGGUGUACCGCGCCACCUACUCGGCCAUCGAGACGGCCGUGGAGAACAGCGAGCCGCUGCUGGGCUCGAUGUACUGGAAGUGGGCGUUCCCCGGCAACUUCCAGGGCGGCGGCAAGGGCCCGUAUGGCGUCAUGCCCAGCGACAGCACCAUGAAGGUCAUCCGCGACCACUCUGCAAAGAUGUUCAAGCUCAAGGAUUCGGUCCCCCCACGCCCGUCCUGCAUCGCCGCCCCCGGCCCCGCCGCCAACGCGCCCGGCGCGCUCGGCGCGUGGUUCGGCGCGGCCGGCUACACUUGCACCAACGACCCGCAGGCGGCGAUGGCGUGGACCGUGCUUUUCGGCCCGGACGCCGACCCCACGGCCAAGGCUGCUGACUUUGGCUUCCCGGCUGCUUCUCUUGACCGCGCCAAGGCCCUCAACGUCGGCGCCAAGCAGGUCUUCCCGACCCAGAAGGCGUGCUGCGCGCCCCAGACUGGCGCAUUUGCCCAGGGCUGCAGCAGCAGCUGA